AUGAACGACUUCCAUCAAGACCCCGUGGGAGCUCCCUCGAUUGCCGAUUCCACCACUACACGGGCACUUUCUGAGCACUCCACGCCAUCAAUCGCCAACCAAACGCACCACGAUAUGGAAAAGGGAAAGCCGACCACUCAACCAGUCGAGUCCCAACAUGUGCCUGAGAAAGAUGAGAAAGCAUCAGAAAAGGCCGCAGCAGGCGACCCGGCUCUCGCUGCCGCGCCAGGCCCGGGACCUCCUCCCGACGGAGGUGCAGAGGCGUGGAUGUCUGUUUUGGGAGCCUUUUUUGGACUGUUUGUGAGCUUUGGAUGGAUCAAUUGUAUUGGAAUCUUCCAAACGUAUUACGAGACCCACCAACUUCGUGAUUUGUCCACCAGUACCGUGACAUGGAUUACUUCACUGGAGACAUUCAUCAUGUUUUUUGCGGGUCCCGUGUUUGGCACCAUUUUCGACAGCUACGGCCCCCGAGCCAUCCUUCUAGGGGGCACUUUUUUCCACGUCUUCGGCCUGAUGAUGGCCUCUCUUUCCACCGAGUACUAUCAAUUCAUCCUCGCCCAGGGCAUCUGCAGUCCCCUGGGCGCAAGCGCCGUCUUCACCGCCAGUGUCAACUCGGUCAGCACAUGGUUUGCCAAACGACGCGCAUUCGCCCUGGGCAUCACGGCCUCGGGAUCCAGUCUGGGCGGAGUCAUCUUCCCCAUCAUGGUCUCGAAUCUCAUCCCCAAGGUUGGAUUUCCCUGGGCGAUGCGAAUCUGCGCCUUCUUGAUCCUGGGGAUGCUGGUCAUCUCCAAUGUGACUCUUAGAUCGCGGAUCAAGCAUACGAAGAAGCCGUUUGAUAUCAUGAACUUUGUGCAUCCCUUGAAGGACAAGAAGUUUAUGAUCACGGUGGCUGCUUGUUUCUGCUUCUUCUGGGGCAUGUUCUUGCCGUUUACCUUUGUGAUCACUCAGGCCCAGCGAUAUGGCAUGUCAGAGCACUUGUCGGUAUAUUUGAUUCCCAUUCUCAAUGCAGCCAGUGUCUUCGGCCGCACCAUCCCAGGCUACCUCGCGGACCGAGUCGGGCGAUACAACAUCAUGAUCUUCUUCAGCUAUCUCUCCGCCAUCCUCGUCCUGGCCCUCUGGCUCCCUUCCCGCAGCAACGUGCCCGCCAUCAUCUUCAGCGCCCUGUACGGCUUCAGCUCCGGGGCCUUCGUCUCCAUUGUUCCGGCCCUGAUCGCCCAGAUCUCUGAUCUGCGAGAAGUCGGCGUCCGCAACGGCACGUGCUUCGCGAUCAUCUCGUUCGCCGCCUUGACCGGCACCCCGAUUGGCGGAGCCUUGGUCCCGGAUGUUUUGACCGGGUCGUAUACCAGGUUGCAGGUCUUUUGUGGGGUGGUGAUGAUGGUCGGGUCGAGUCUGUUUGUGGUGGCGAGGGUAGUUGUGGGCGGUUGUAACUUGAGGAAAAAGGUCUGA